GACUUAUUGGGAGCCAAGAAGAGCAGAAACUCCACCUCAGAGGACCUGGUGGAUCUGGAGCAGGAGGACGUUUACUUGGACAUCACCGGUUUCCCCAAAGUUCUGCUGGCUCCAGCUCCCUUUGUGGUGCCCAGGAUGUAUUCUUCCAUGAUGUCACAGCUACCACAAGGAAGCCCUGCUGUAAAGUGAAGUGAGCCCCAAAAAGGCUCAGUCCUACCUCCGCCUUUGCCCCUCCACCCUCCCCUACUCCUGUUUUCUUAGAUGCUUUUAAAACAUGACCGGCAAGGAGAAGUUUGUAGUGGAGGUGAUAAAAGAUCGCCUUUGUUUUGCCAUUCUUUACCAGAAACCAAAGAGUGCUGCAAACAUACACUAUUUCUCCGUAGAUGACGAAUUUGAAUAUGAGAACUUCUUCGCAGAUUUUGGACCACUCAAUCUGGCAAUGGUUUACAGAUAUUGUUGCAAGAUAAAUAAGAAAUUAAAGUCCCUUACAAUGAUAAGGAAGAAAAUAAUUCAUUUUACGGGCCAUGAUCAGAGAAAACAAGCAAAUGCAGCUUUCCUCAUGGGGUGUUACAUAAUAAUAUAUUUGGAGAAAUCUCCAGAAGAUACGUACAGGAUGCUGUUGGUUGGAAAUAUAUCCUAUGUUCCUUUCAGGGAUGCUUCCUAUGGUAAUUGCACUUUCUACAUAACACUGCUCGACUGUUUUCAGGCAGUACAUAAGGCAAUCCAGUAUGGUUUCCUUAAUUUUGAAAAGUUUGACCUUGAUGAUUAUGAACAUUAUGAAAAAGCAGAAAAUGGAGAUUUAAACUGGAUAAUACCAGGCCGAUUUAUUGCCUUCUGUGGCCCUCACCCAAGAAGCCGACUUGAAAGUGGUUACCACUAUCAUACACCUGAAGCCUAUAUUCCGUAUUUUAAAAGGCACAAUGUUACCACCAUUAUCAGACUCAACAAAAAAGCAUAUGAUGCCAGGAGAUUUACAGAGGCUGGUUUUGACCAUCAUGAGCUUUUUUUUGCUGAUGGCAGUAUACCUAGUGAUGCCAUAGUGAAAGAAUUUCUGAACAUCUGCGAAAAUGCUGAUGGUGUUAUUGCAGUUCAUUGCAAAGCUGGCCUUGGAAGGACAGGCACCCUGAUAGCCUGCUAUAUCAUAAAGCAUUAUAGGAUGACAGUUCCUGAAACUAUUGCUUGGAUCAGAAUUUGUAGACCUGGCUCUGUGAUUGGACCUCAGCAACAUUUUUUGGUGUCGAAGCAGGCAAGUCUUUGGACAGAAGGAGACUAUUACCGUAAGAAGUUAAGGGACCAGGAAAAUGGAAAACAUGCAGCUGCAGUCACAAAAAUCCUAACAGGGGUCGAUGACAUUUCAAUAAGUGAAACCCAAUCCGAAGAAACUAAAGAUUCUGAAUCGUACAGUGAUGAUGAUGAUGAUGAUGAAAUAAAUGGAAUGACACAAGGUGAUAAGCUACUUGCCCUGAAAAGUAGAAGACGGGCAAAAUCAGCUACUUCAAUUCCUCUCACAGUAAUUCUUCAGUCCAGUGUUCAGAGCAGUAAAACAUCUGAACCUAACAUUUCUGACAGUUCAGGCAUUUUUCAAAGAACUACCAGAUCUGCUGCAAGAAAAAGCAGUUUUAAAAGUAGCCCCUCCAUUCCAAGGACUAGAGCAGUCUUGCGUUAAGUUUAUAAAAUAAAAAAUGUGGCCGGAACUGAAGGAAUCUUCUAGAAAAAGGAAAACUAUAGGACCCAGCACAAUUUGUUUGAAAACCAAACAAAAAGCAAAAAAAAAAAAAAAAAAAAAAAUUUUAGUUGCUUCCAGCUAAGAGAACUUGGUCAAUGAAGAAAAUGUACACAAGAGUUCAAUUCGUUGAAUUUAUUCAUACUUUGAGUUUUGAAGCCAGUGAUUUGAUGGAGAACGCAAAUCUCUGUGUGAAGAAAUAUUUGAAGUGGCAAACAAAAGUCAUGUAUUGUAAAUUUAGUCUCAGGUGUAAAUAUGAAGCCCUCUAUUGUCAAGAGGGUCCAAGAGUCUGUUUGGUGCAUGUGUAUAAAUUGUGAUGGCAAUCAUUUUUAGCUCUUGGCCUCCAAAGAAAAGGAGAAUCCAAGGCAAGCUUCUGUAUAUUUUUCUGUUUGUCUUUGCUAUCUUCUAUUAAGAUGUAAAAGGAAACUGCUUUAUUGAAAGUGUAUUUUUUCUUGAUUUGCUAUAAUUUGAUUUAUUUCAUGGUAAUUAACCAAAUACCACCAAACUGCUUGGUUUCCACCAAAAAGUGUUUUACCUAGUAACUGUAUAUAAACACUGUUAUGUGUUUUGGUACAAAGUGAUUGUUUCAGAGAAUAUUUGAAAACUAGAGAAAGAAUAUGAUCAUUGUUUUAGAAGGUCAAGAAGGAAAACUGGUUUCAAAUAGUUCAAAUGCUGCAUAAGUUCAUUUCUCAUUUUUAAGACCAUUUAGUAAGUAUAUAGUGCCCUGUGAUUGGUCACUGUUUAGUUGCCCAGUAAUAGAAACAGAAAACUUUUCUUUAAAAAAAAAAAAAUACUGUGGCUUCUUUCCCUUUACAAAACAAAAAUUACCAAGUGAUUUAAAUUGUUCUUAUGGUACUGCUUUAGUUGAAUUCUGCUUUUGAUUUUUUUCCCUUAUCAUCAUGAUCUCCUUAGUUUCAAACUAAUGUAUACUUGCAUCUAUGGAUUUUCAGUUAUUAGUAAAUAUGGAGACUUCACUUACUGCCUUUAUUUAGGGUAUACAAAAAUGUAACUCUUUGUAUAGUGCCUUCAAACUAACGAAGCAGAGUACAUUUUGUGAAUAUUAAAUGACAAAAAUUUACAGAAAUUUAAUUUAAAACUUGAUGUAUCUUAUAGCAGUGGGGGCCCAAUGGCAAAGAAUAUUUGAAUAUCCUGAAUUCACAUAUAUUUCUUUUCCACAUGCACAUGAAAUGAAGUGUACUUCACUAGACCAGUUUCAGGCAAUCCAGUUUGAGAAGUUGGACCAUUGAAAUCUUGUAGAGAAUGGAUACUUUUAUAAUAUAAUACAAAUGCAUAGAAUAAAUGUCAGCCAUGUUUAUUUUUAUAUCUAAUUUAUUUUUAAGAGCUGUUGUUAAAAGAAAAAAAAAAAAAAAAAGGCCCUACUAGGCCUGAAGGAUGAUUGUAAUUAUAGCCUGUAAAUGCAAAAAAUGAACAAAAAAAAAAAAAAACUUUAGAGCAGUGGCUUCAUUUGGGGGGCAAGAGGUUAAUUCUCUCAUACAAUUCUCAUAUAACACACCGAUAAUAUUGAUAGCUGACAUAGAUUCCUGCAGUUUAGCACAAAAUAAUCCUAAAGAUUUGAGGGUAGUACUAGAAACUGUGGCUGCUAGGACUUUGACUAUUACUAAAGAUAGAAUUCCCCUUGUGCCUUUAGAGGCUCCUCCUCUGUAGGCGAUAUGGGGGAAAAACUUUUCUGCUGUAUUAUGGUGGGGGGAGGGGAGAGGAGAGAAGCACACAAUUAUAAAAAACGAAUAUAAAACUAAGCCUCCAGUUCUCAGGUCUCUUUUUUUAUUCUGACUUUCAUUUCUUUAAAGACUUUCCUCUAUUAAUAAUCACAUAUGUAAUCAGACUAAAAUCUAAAACAUAGUUUCCAUAUUCAACUUAUUGGCCUUUUAAAACAAAAUGGGAAAAUCUCUUACUCUCCAUCAUUCCAAAAUGAGCAACUUGUUUCCAAGACUAGUUAAGACAAUUCUUUUUUCCUUUUUUGGCGAAUCUUGGCUGAAAUGUUUGUUUCUACCAUAAAUUUCAGCCUCCAAAUUGCCAUCACAUGAUGAGUCCCUCAACUCAGCCUUUCUUGAAAUUCUAACCAUUUUAAAUAUCGGAAGGAUUUUUCUCCCUCAUAUUUUAGGUUCAUCUGCUUUGUUCAUACCAGAAUUAGUCAUAGGAAGUCUGAGUUUGGUUAAAAAGAAUUUCUUUGUUGGCCCGCCCUCAGUGACUUGAGCUGGUAUAUGCCAAACAAAACAGCCAACAGAGCAUGUGGGUGGGAGUGGAGGGAGGACGACAUAUUUUGGGAUUAAGAAGCAUCUGGGAAUGGCUGCUGGAAAGAUUCCUGUUGUUAGGAGUCAGUUUGUUUUUGUUUCUUUUUGCUUUUUGAUCUCCAAAAAUAUAACCAAAUUGUUCUAAGGUUUCUUACUCUUAAGCCCAUUUUAUAGAAGCAUUAAACAUAAAGAGUUGUGAGAUAAAAUUUCCUAAUCAAAGUGAUACCCAGUCUUCCCUAAAGAUGUGGAUAGAAAACUAGCCACAGAAAUAAUAGGAUCUGGAUUCAAGUCCAAUUUUUAUUAUGUACUUAUUCUGAGUAAGUUUAUUAACUUAUCGAUGUUUUAAUAUUGGCAUUUCAAAAAGAACCUAAGUUGAAGUGGAUGUGCCACUUUGUAUUGGUCAAGGAAAUUCCCCAUGUGUUGCUCUUGUACCAUGAUGAAAUUUAUUAGAAUCUUCUCCCCCACCUCCUCCCCCCCCCAAAAAAAAAAACCAAAAAGUAUACUCAACAUUACUAGAUUCUCUUGGCCACUCUGCAUUUUCAUGAUUAAACAAGUUAAAAUAUUUUUAGUACAUCUUUAAAAAUCUCUUUGGGACUGAGAUAGUGAAAUUUAAAAGAAAUUUUCAAAACUAGAAAUAUAUAUCUGAUUUAUUUUGACUCUGAAAGUAACUUUCAUUAUCUCUUCCUUUAUUCAAAAAAACCAAAAAAACAAACAAACAAAAAAAAAAAAAAAACCACCAAAUCAAUGAAGUGUUAAAAAUCUGCCUUUAGGAAGUGAAGAAAAGUUUAAAAAGCAAAUCUAUAAAACCCUUAGCUGAAAAGGAAGAUUACAGAUAGAUUCAUCUUAUCUGCCAGAUUUAAAAUUUUAAAAGUUUUUUUUUUAAUCUACCUGUGAAUAAUGGUUUCACCAAGCAUUCUCUUUGGGACUGAAAUAGUGAAAUUUAAAAUAAAUUUUCAAAACUAGAAAUAUAUAUCUGAUUUAUUUUGACUAUGAAAGUAACUUUCAUUAUCUCUUCCUUUUCUCAAAAAAACAAAAAAAAACCCCACCAAAUCAAUGAAGUGUUAAAAAUCUGCCUAUAGGAAGUGAAGAAAAGUUUAAAAAACAAAUCUAUAAAACCCUUAGCCGAAAAGGAAGAUUACAGAUAGAUUCAUCUUAUCUGCCAGGUUUAAAAUUUUAAAAGUAUUUUUUAAAACUACCUAUGAAUAAUGGUUUCACCAAGCAUUGCCUCAGUACAACAAGUAGCCUUUCUUGUCCGCCAGUGUGGUUGCUCUCCUAAACUUCACAAUUAUGUAAUCCUAAAACUUAACACUUACCCUCACUCCCUUCCUAUGGGGAAUUUCCUGGGAAAUUUUUUCCAAAAUUUCUACCUCGAUUCUUUUCUCCAUGUUUUUAGUUAGGAGUCAAUUUCCCCAUCAGAAUGAUUGGGGCUACAUUUGAGACUGAAGUACGAUCCACUGUGAUGCUCACUGUGGAGCUGUUGCUUUCUUGGGAGACAUUCUCCUAUAAGGCAGGCCCAAAGGAUAAUGCCUUUCGUUUGAUUUACAUUUUCUUUAUGGGCAACAAGCUAUUUCCUCAAAAGAAGUUUGUGAAAAAGUUUCAAUUUCUAACCCUUUCUCAUACAAUAUCCUCCCUUCCCUUCCUCAAUCCUGUUAAAUUUUAUCAAAAUCUUUUUUUAAAUAGUUGUUGCUUAGCAUGACCUUGAUGAGUGUUUUCUUUACUCUUUCAUAAUGAAAAUUAUUUCUCACCAAAUAAUGAGUGGGGUUAGUUCUCCCACCUCUUCUCUCCAAAUAUUUGUAUUCUCCAUAUUGCUAAAUGGAAAUGCUGCAGAUAUGUUUUUAAAGACUGGACACAAUAGUUUAUUGAAAAUUAUUUCCAGUUCAUAGAAAGGAAAAAAUAGUGACAGCAGCUCAGUUCAUCUGAUUUGAGUACUGCAAUUUUAUAUUAAUAAUUUGCAGACUUAUCUAAAUGUGCACUCAUAUAUAGGUUAUAAAAAGUUUUCAAGUGUAACUGAUUAAUCAGUAUUUAUUUAACCAUUGUCUUGAUUUUUUUUUAAAUUGAAAUGUACAUUUCUAUUCAUUUUUUAAAUCAGAGGGAACUUGUAGAGUGAAUGUUUAUUUUACUUAAAAUAUUUUUCAGGUAAAGCUUCAUAAUGUCUUGUAAACUAGCUAGUUUAAUAAGUAUUGUCUCAUUUGAAAAUCUUGUAUUGUAAUUGAUUUUUAUAUAAAAUGUUCAAUAGUGAAAAUUGUAUGCCUAAGAUCAUGUACAAUUAAAACUAUUAACCAGAAA